AUGUUUCUCCCGGUUGAUCAAGAAGUAACUUUAAGACUCCCUGUCCCUGAAGGAUAUCCAGAAGCUCGCCCUGUAGUUUCGAUAGCCUCAAACAGAGAAAAAACGUUCGUUGCUGUUGCUACAGAAGACUCUAUAUACAUAUGGCUUGCACAUCCGCAUUUGUUAUUGUGCAUCUUACGCUUAUCAGAGUCUGAUAUUUUGGAGCGAGGAACUUUGAAUCAUGUUUAUUGGCGAUGCGACUCUUCUGCUAUUGCGAUUACUACUUCACGAAAUCAUAUUUUGAUAUACCAAGUCGAUGUUUCUACUGACAAUUGCUAUAAUGUUCCCAGGUCUUCUACCCAUCCUCAUCACACUUCUAAAAAUCUUUUCCUGCAAUCAUCAAUACCCAUAAUCUCUCUUUAUCCUUCUGUAGUUAUAAACCUAGCAGCUACUGCUACAUGCUGUGUACCUUUACGGGAAGAACUUUUGGUAUGUAUUCGUAACGGGUUUUGCCAUCAUAUAGGCUGGGAUGGUUCAGUUCAUACAGAUUUUUCUAUACGUUUAGCUUCAAUUCCCUUUGCUCAUGAUCAACUUCAAUCUAAACCUGAAUAUAUCAGUGAUCCAUUGGUGCAUGCAAUUGAAGCGGUUUAUGCUCCUCUCGUAGGAGGUUACUGCAUGGUUCUCUCGGAUGGUAGAGGUGCCCUUUUGACAUCCUCGGAUUCAACGUUUCAUCCAAAUAGUAUUCUUGGAGUAUGGGCUCUAUCGCUGAAAGAUGCUGUGUGUGCUGAUGUCAACCACAAAUUCCGAUCCUUAGUAUUCGGUUGUAUGAAUGGAGAUAUAGCAGCUUAUCAUUUGGAUGAUGCCAAUGGUUCUCUGGUUCAAACUUUCAGAGUAUCCUUGCUAGUUACGAACGGCCCAGAAAUAACGAAUAGGCUCGGACAAGUAGCUAGAAUUCAAGUAUUAUCAUCUGGCUGUGCAAUAGCUGCAGUGUGGUCUGACAAAACCAAUGACCAACCUGAAAGCGAAAAAAAGGAUGACGAGAAAUCUUUGCCGCCAACGUUAGCUAUCUUCACUCCGUACGGAUCUCAGACGUGGUGCUCUUUGGAGUCUGUUAUAGAAUGGGAUUCUGCCUUGAGUUCCCAUUACACUACAUUGGCUUGGGGCCCUGAAGGAUUUUCCUUGUGGCUAGGUAGGAACAAUGGCUUAUUCACUAUGUUUUUAGCUAGACUAGCAGCCUUGAGUAAUCCGCUGAUGGAGCACAGUGAAAGAGUGAUGAUGAUGACAGGAUCUAAGGUGAUGGUUAGUCCACCCAGAGAAAGAGAAGAAUGCGCAAGUGCUCCCCAUUCGGUAUGGACCACUUAUACUGUUCCUUCAGAAUACAUCUCAGUAAAUUGGCCUCUUAGGUUCGCAACUUACGACGAUAAGGAACCGAAUAUUUUAGUGGUUGCGGGAACACGAGGUCUUGCUUAUUGUAAUAUAUCACUGGGAAGAUGGAAAAUAUUCGGGAAUGAGAGUCAGGAAAGAGAUAUAAUUGUGACUGGCGGAGUUUUCGUUUGGAAUGGAACUGUAGCUGCUGCUUGUUACGAUUCCCACUUGGAGAAAGAGUUACUGAAGUUCUACCCCUUGUCCCUCAAACUUGAUAAUCAGUUCGCCUCGUGUACAGAAACAGAAUCUCGGAUUCUAAUGCUGAGUGUCAGGGAGAGUACUCUAGUCACAUUUGAUGUGGAUGGUCGUAUCUUCUUAUUCCAAAUGAAGAAAAAUGACGUUAGCAAUACAGACGACGUUGGAAAAGUUUUUCUGGAAAAGUUAGCGGAAAUACGUGUAUUCGACUUGAUCACGCAUCCUGCCUGUCUUGUCUCGAUUCAGUUGACUCAACUCAAUUUGGAAAGUGGAGGGUCAUUUUGCCCCGGAGUUGAUACAGUUUUGGUUAAUGUGUCUGGCCGUCUCAUUACCCUGAAUCCUAAGAACGCCUCCAAAGAAGAAGACGAAAUCUUCCAGUUGCAACAACCCAUUAUAAUAGCCUCGUUUGUGGAACAAGUGUGGCAUGAUAGAGCAUGUAAGUACUAUGCAGAUGAUGAACAAGAUCAUCUUGGGAAUGCCUUGUGGAUCAACUGUGGAACUAAAGGAAUGAAGGUCUGGCUACCAUUGUUUCCCAGUAAAAACAGUCAAACUGUGCAAGGUACCUCUUUCAUUUCUCGAAGGAUAAUGUUACCCAUAGAACUUGAUAUUUGCCCUGCAGUGAUUUUCGCCAAAGAUUGUCUAGCCGUAGGUGUUGAAUCAGUUCUUCUACAGGUGAAUUUAGGAAGCGACAGAGACAUUCGUACAUACAAUCUUGCCCGGAAUAGCGAGGUUUUUGUGCAUCAUCUUCUCCGUCAGUUGUUGAAAAGAAAUUUGGGAGUGUUCGCUCUAGAAGUUGCCGGAGCAUGUCGAUCUCUCCCACAUUUCUCUCACUCUCUAGAACUUUUGCUUCAUGGAGUUCUAGAGGAAGAAGCAACGAGUAGUGAACCUAUACCAGAUCCCUUCUUACCAAGAUGCGUUGCUUUCAUCCAAGAAUUCCCCGAGUUUUUGAAAACAGUUGCACAUUGUACCAGGAAAACGGAGCUUGCGUUUUGGUCGUCACUGUUUGAAGUAACUGGGUCUCCCAAUGACUUGUUUGAGGUAUGCCUAAGAGAUGGACAACUGAAGACUGCCGCUAGUUAUUUGAUCGUUCUUCAGAAUCUUGAGAAUGCUCAGAUUAGUUUAGAGCAAGCGGCUAGGCUUCUAAGAGAAGCUUUAUCGGCAGGUGAAUGGACUACAGCUUCGGACAUGGUUAGGUUUGCGCGCUCUAUAGAUGCCGAAGAUAUGGAUAAUUUCUCCAGAACCCCUCCACAACAAAAAACAAGCUCUCGUAGACCCACUGCUUCCAUUUCUCUGAAUGCGGGUGAAACAAACGAUUUAGUUUUCUCUAGAUUUCAAGCAGUUGCACGCGUCAACAAAGUCCGUCAUUCACAAGAGCAUAAGGAGUCUAGUAGGAAAGAUUCUAGUGGUUCUUCCAAAAAAGUUGGACGAGCUUUAUCCAACGACACCUCCCCUCCAUCUCCAAUCUCUAUGAGCAAUCCGAUGGCAGAGAAAAUGAAUCAAAUUUUGGAUGAGCAUGCUCAGCAUUUAUUAGACGAAUAUUGUAUUAGAGACUUUGGUUACUUGUGUGCACACUUAGAUUUGGACGUGAAGAAGCUGAUGGCUCAUAGAUCAAUCUUAGAUUUUCCAGUUGCAUUAACACGUAUUCAUUCACAGUUCGCGUGGUCCUACCCCGUCCCAGGGAAGCAUUUUGUUGAUCAUUUGGAGAAGAAGUUCGGAUCGAUGAAAGUUAGUAGGAGUACAGCUUGCUUAACAGCCCAAAACGACGAGAAAACCCAACCGAAAGUAUUAACUGGCGAAGAAGCACGUGUGCCUUUACCUUCUUCAACAGAUACUGACAUGGCUGAGACAGCUUCAGUCGAGAUAGCCAACCUUCUUCCUGUAGAUAGAGCCAAAGUUGAUGGCAACGCUGUGGGUAGACCCGGUUCCCCUGAGAGUAGUGUAACGCAAGCACUUGAUACUCCUGAUGGAAGAAGUUGUGCUGGCGAUUACCAAGGUAUCGAAGUUCUUCUUGGUGAUUCGAACAAUCGAGGACCCAGCGAGAGUCAGCUACAGAUGAAUUAUAUGAUUCAACUGUUUUCAGAAGCUUCUGCCAUAGAUUGGGUGUUUUUACUUUGUUUAAUUUGUCGGGAUAUAACGAGGUUACGGAGUGAGAUAUCUACCAGUAGUAUUAGUAAAUGGGGAGUUGAAGCGUUUGGUCAAACUCGGCUAGGUGCUACCAUCUUGCUCGAAUGGGCAACUGUCAAUUGUAUUGGCUAUGUUUCUGUUUUACAACUAUUUAAAGCCCAUCUUGACAUAAUCGCGGAACAAGUUGGUUGUCUUAAUCUGCCCCCUAGGCGGGCUCAAGUUAAAACGGCUCCUAAUACAAAUGGUUUGAAAUCGAAUGGAGUUUUAAAGCAUGAAGAACGUAUGGCUCGUCCGUCGCGGCUCCAGGAAAGCUUCCGUCCUCGAGAACGUAGUCGUAGUGUUGAUAGAGGACGUGAUAAUACUGUAUCAGAUGUAGAGGAAGGAGAAGGGUGUACUAUAAUGUAA